GCUGGGCAGGCAGCCCCACUCCUGAUUCGCGGGGACGCCGGCGCCUCCCUACCCCAAACUGCAGGCGCAGCGCGCACCAGAGCAGAGCGGCGCAGGAGGAGAAGCAGGAGCAGGAGCAGGAGCGGGCGGAGACUGAGCGCAGCCCCCGGGCAGGCCCCCCUCGCCGUUCUCCACCGCUGACGGCCCCAGCACAGCGGGCGGAAAGAUGAAUCCCACCAUCAGCGUCGCUGUCCUCCUGACAGUGCUGCAGGCUGCCCAUUGCCAGAAGAUCAAGGAACUGAGCGCCUGCUUGCUGGGCCAGAACCUGCGCGUGGACUGCCGCUACGAAAACAAGACCGCCAACCCCCUGACCUACGAGUUCAGCAUGUUCAAGGACAACAGGAAGCGUGUGAUCCAGACCACCUUGAACGUCCCCGAGAACAGCCUCAAGGCACGAUCCAACGUCACCCUGUCAAAGGACCUGUUGUGCCUGCAGCUGUUCGACUUCACCACCGCAGACGAGGGCACCUACAUCUGCGAGCUGAAGAUCACUGGCGACUACACCGGCAACCAGAUAAGGAACAUCACCGUCAUCAAAGACAAGCUGGAGAAAUGUGCUGGCGUCAGCCUCUUGAUUCAGAACACCUCGUGGCUGCUGCUCCUGCUCCUGUCCCUGCCACUCCUGCAAGCUGUGGACUUCGUGUCCCUGUGAAGGGAAGGAGCGACCGAACCGCCCAGCCGAGCCCCACCGCCCAAACGUGGCCCUUUGCAAGAGAAGACGAUGAACGAUUUGAAACCAAGGAAAUCUCUCUGUGUAUAUCUCUGUCUAUAUCUGUAUAUCUACCGAGCCCGCGCUGCCUCGCCAUCACACCACAUGUCCGAAACACGCUGGGGGCCGGGGUGGGGGUAUUAAGCAGUAUUAAAGGAUCCGACGCAUGGCGGCAUUCCCUCGCACUCUGCUAGAUGGUGCAGCUUCUUCCAUAGCAAGUUUUGUUUUUGUUUGCCCCGGUGGCAGGGAGAUCUGUAGCCUCGAGGGAGCAGCUUUUCUUGUCCCAUUUUUUGUCUUUCAAGGGGAAAGCCAGCAGGCCCCCCAGACCUGACUGGUAAAAGAGAGAGGGUCAAAGAGUUAGGGGACCAACUGGGGAGUCCUGGCCACGACCCCAGCCUGGAGAACAGACGUUCACUCAGCAACGCAGGGUUGCCCAGUGUAAAGACUUGUCCUGACCUAGGCAACAUCAGGCAAAUGGGAAGCUUUGGGAUAGAGUACGGUGCACUAGCUUUUCACCUCUGGGGAGCUGGGUUUGAAUCCUGCCUGGUGAGAUGAAUUUGGUGGGCUCUCAGCCUGUUCUUUGGCAGCCAACACUUCCGUAUUGCACAAAGCCAUGAUCAUUGGUAUGACUGGUUCACCUGCAUAGGAAAGGGCCAGCAUUGAAACAGAUCAGUCUUGGGGCUGAGAGCAACAAGGACACCCUACUACAGAGACAGCAAAGGGUGCUGAAGGUCUCACAUUUGAGGUGCAGGGAUAGAGAGCUGGGGGGGGGCACAGCACUGAAAUAGCAAGGGGUGCUGAAGGUUUUUAGGACAGAGGCUCAGCUGCAGCCCUGCAUAAGAACAUUUGCCCAUCACAUCCACGCUCUGCUGGGCUUACGUCCUCACCGUAAGAUCAGGGGAUGGCAGUUACUAUAGGAGUUGGUUGUUUUGGGGUUUGUUUGGGUUUUUUUUUGUUAAUCCUGAACUAAGAAACUGAGGCAGUAGCCCUUUAAAGUCGUCAGUGUGCCGAGGCCUAGAGCUCCUUAGGCAUUAGCUCACCCUGCUCAGUGAAGACAGUUGUGUGCUGUGAAGGGAGACCCCUUGCUGAGUUAGUGCCUGUCAGUUGCACUGCUGGGUGUGAUCUCCAGGCUGCGGUCCCCUGGGCGGAGACCCAGAUAGCAGCUGCAUAUUCCUUCCUCCCCAGCAUGUGGGGGGUGAAGAGACACUCAUGUACCCUGGGAGAGUGUCCUUAGCUCUUAAAGGAGCCAGACUUUUCCUGACUGCCAAUCCUAGAACUGGGACAGCUCGCUCCCAGAGAAGAAGUCACCAUCCUGGGGGAGAGAGGAGAUAUACCGAUAGGGAAGGGGGCCUAGCAGCUGCCACCUCCCACUCUGGCCCCAGUCAAAGCUGCUCUGGGCACAUACCCCCAUUAACACAUACAGCUGUCUCCCACUGGGGAUCAGGGGGAGAUUGCAGGAGCUGGGGCUGCCCUCAAGCCACAGGCUCUCAUCCCUGCAUGCCACCCUUUGGGUUUGACUCGAGGCACAAGCAAGACCAGCGUGCCUGGCUCCACUCCUUGACUGGACCAUGGUUUCCUCCUUCAGCCCAGUCCUGCUCCCACUGCAGCCUUCCUCCCUUGCAGGUUAACAGACUCAGGUGCAGGCCUGUCCCUUAACAUGGCCUUGCCUCUCAUUAGGAGCCUAAAGGGCCUAGGCAGGUGUUUCCUGUGGAUGGUGGUUAGCCGUAGGGGGAGCUAAUGCACCACAAACCACAAAAUGACCCCAAGCUGAGAGAGCAUCCCCAGCUUGAGACAGGGUCUGGACCAGGCCUUCCCUCCAGCAAGCUGGGGAUCGAUGCCCCAGGACUUACCAGGGCAGAAACUCUCCUGAGCCCACCUACCUAGCAGGGGCAGGCUAGAUGGCAGAGGGUAUUACAUAGCUCUCUCGGAGCGCCAAAGGCAUCUCACCCAGGGGUGGGCUAAAACAACCUCUGUGGGACUGGGGAGCAGAGGUCCCCCUCAGCCCCCUGCCACACAGGUGAGACAAUGGGAAGCCAAGAUCAUAAGCAUCAGAACUGAUCAGGGCAAGAACUGGGAGCUCACCUGGUGGAACUGGAAGGGCUAAUGGUGACUGGAGGUGGGGAUGGGGUCAGGCCCCAGCUAAUCCUAACGUGCCCCUCUCUCCAAUUGUGUGUGCUGAGCUUGAGGCCGCUGCAGUGUCAAGAGCCCCGGUGGCUGGCUAAGGUGAGCUGCUUUCUUCCAAGACGGCCCGCGCCCUGCUUUUCCACUGUGCGGUGCACUACCCUGCCCAGAUGUACUGCUCAGGUAUCUCUCCGUGUACAUCUCCCACCAGCCAGCCGUGACCUGACGGGGAAUGCAAUGUGGGGGGGGGGGUCAGACCCAGCCAACCCACACUGGCAUGGCCUAGUCUUGUUUUGUGAACAUUUGUAGUGUUUCCACAGUUUGGUGUAGGAGAAAUGCUGUUCAAGGGGGAGGGGGAAGAACAACAAAAGAGCCUCUGUCUGCACAAUAAAUCCCUCGGUCGUGUGUUGGA